UACGACUACGACUUUACGACUUCUAUGUAGACGAGGCUUAAGGGCCAUCGCACACAAAACUGCAUAGCCUGCAUGUGCAUAGCAUGAAAACCGUUUAAACCAAUGAGCAUCGAGCAUUGAGUCGCCAUAUUGAUUUACAUAACGCGCUCAUUGGUCCAGACUGUCUUGUGCUAUACAUAUGCAACUGUGCAAUUUUGUGUGCGAUGGCCCUAAAGCGGGGAGCACACACUUUUGCACAAGUGCAUAGGCAGAUGCAUAACGAAUUUGAUUGGUCUACAAGCAAAUGCAUAAGAAACUGGACCAAUCAAAUUCGUGAUGCAUAUGCUCGUGCACUUAUGCAAAAGUGACGAGCGAGUGCGCGUAUAGUGAUCGUAGCCAUUCCUCGGAUCUGACAUGGCCGUUCCUGUCAUUUUAAAUUUGAGUUAAACUGUAUUGCGCGGCUGCGUCGGUGGGAGCUCGCGCGAGUUUAACGCGGGUCUGCCCCAAAUGAGAUAUGUCAAUAGGCGUCGACAUGCUCGGCAACUCGGUCAACGUACGCCGCGGGAGAAUGGUGCUGUCCGACCUGGAUCAGAUCAAGAAGAACGAGCGUGACCGUCGCCGAAGGUUACGUUUGGAACAGGUCCGGCAGCAGUCGAAGGAGAUAUCGAAUCGACUCUUGGAACGCGCCAAGAAGAUAGCGAGGGACGAGCUCAACAAGCUGGAGAGCGACGGUCGGUCGGAGCUCCGGCAGAUGCACGAGAGGAAGCUCGUGGACAUGCAGUUGAGGUAUCAGGAGGAUCUGGAGGACAUCGGUCGAGCGCACGCCUGCGCCACCCUGCAGCCGGACGCGGACGCGAUGAUCGAGGAGGAGGGCAGGCGAGACCGGGCCACGGCAUUGCGGAGAGGCAAGGACGCUCUGGAGUGCGUGCGAGAGGCAAAGCAGACGGACGGCGCGGAGGCGGUCCACCAGGAGAGACUGCGCAGAGUGCGGGAGACGGAGAACGCGAGGGCCGCGAUGGUGGCGAGGCUCCCGAGGCCGCCGUCGUCCGCGGAGAACGACGCGGCGGUGAGGAGUCCCGAUCGAAGCCCGCGGAAGGAGGCGACGCGCCCGGCACCGACUCCGAAGAGGAGGAGCAAGAAGCUCCUGCCGAGGAAGUCGCCCGGCAGAGUGAGGAAAUCUAAUCCGAGGGAACAUCAGACGACUGCCUCGCCGAAACCGGGCCCCUCGGGGCUGCAAAGGGGAUCCGCCGCGCGAUCUCACGAGCCGCUCUCGAGAGACAGAGCGGACGGAUGUGUUGUCGAUGACGCGAGCGACGAUCAAGUGCCGCGGAAAACGGCACCGGUUAUGAGCGCCGUGCCUGACAAAGCGGCGCGGUACAAUCCGGAAGAUUACACGCAGGACACGUGGAGCAACGUGAGCAGCAGUAGCUCCGGCUCGACCAGCGACGACUCGUCGUACUUCUCCGACGGCGUGGAACAGGUCGCGUGCGGCAAGGCGCCGCGGACGCCGGCCGCGACGGAGAACAAGGUACGCUCGCAGUGUACCAACACGCAGCGAGUACCGCCCGCUCACGACAGGCCGCCCCUCUGCGUGGUCGAGAGGUCCGACAUCAGGAACGAGCGGAGCGCGAUGGAGGCGGCGCAGGCGGCGAGAAACGCGGGGAGCGCGGAGGCGCGCGCGUGCCGAAGCCGUAGAUUGAACGUCCAGCGUCGCGGCGAGGACGCGAUCCUGCGAGAGAGGGUGCGGCGGGAUUAUCAGGCGCUGCUGCGCAACCUGGACCACCUCGCGCGGGAGGAGCGCAAGCUGAAGGCCAGUCAGACUCGAACUGCGGAGGAGGACGCGUGCGCGCGGCUGCAUCAGCGGACCAUUUGCCGGGAGGAGUGUCAGAGGAGGCUGAACCGCGCGGCUAAAAAGGUCCUCGGCGCGGAGUGCCGGUGCACCCAUCUCGCGGAGAGGGUCGUCACCCUGCCGACGCGGAAGAGGCACGACGGGCGCGACGACGUGCCUCACUCCACCUGGCAGGAUCCCCACCUGGUCGAGGACGUUUGUCGCACGCCGCGGGACAGAGAGGACGAGGGGUCGCGCGAGGAACAGAUACUGGACAUGCUCAAGAAGGUGGAGAGACAAAAGUGGCUGCUGCUGCAAGAGUUCGGCGCCAGCUUGCCGGACAAUAUAUUCAACGUCAGCGUGAGGCCGCUCUUCGAGGAUGAAACGCCGAGGGCGCCGGAGACCGUCUGCGCCGCCAGACCCGCGUCGCCCGAGAUUAAAGUCAUAAAUAUGUCCAGCAGCGACGAGUGCGUUAGGAAGGACUGCAGGGCGAGGAGGCCCGACGAGUCGCCCGCGGCGAAGAUCGAGAUCGCCGUUCAGACGGCGCCGGAGCAAGCGCGUCCGGCGGCGAACAAGAGCGUGCAGGUGGAGUUGCCGCGAGAGGAAGACGCCUGCGCGCCUGCCCCGGAUACCAGCGGUGAUACGCCCGCACGAGUGCCCCAUCCGAUCGAGCCGAAUGUCACCAUUAUCACGCCGGAGUCGGACGACAUCAGCAACAAUUCGACGAGCCCCGAGAUCAGCGAGAUGAUCAUCGAGAUCGGCAACAGGGAGGUGAUCGUGACGCCCAAGAAGAGAAGGAGCGGCGUGAGGGUGUCGAAACGGCCGUCGCCUCGGGUCUACCAGAAGAUCCGCCCGACGUCCGUCGGCUCCAAAGCGACGUCGCCCGCCAAGAGGUUCUCGUGGUCGCAGUCGGGCGUCCGUUCGACCCCUCAGAAGAAGACGCGGUGCGCGGCCGCCAGGCGCGUCGACGUGCACGUGAGCCAGGUCGAGGACGACGAGACGGACCCGUCGCAGGGGACGAGGGUGUCGAUAGACGCGAGCGCGGAGAGCUCGCAGACCAUCUCCGGCCUGAACGAUGAGGAGCCGUCGUCGGGCGGGCCGUAUCGGGUCCGCACGCAGACGAGGAGGUCGAUCCGGAUGAGAGACACUUCGGACACGUCGACGUCGUUAGCGAGCCCGCCACCGGUAAAGCCCAGGUCGAUGCUCGACGCCUUGAGCAACAUCACGCAGAUUCUGGAGCUGCUGGAUUCCCCGGGAUUCGAGGACGUGAGGAGACUGCGGCGGGACAUCAGCCCCGUCUCCACACCGGAGACCCCCUCGCCGCGCACGAUGAUGAUGCCGUCGAACGUUCCGCACCGCGACAGGAUCGCCAGGAUGCUUAGAUUUAGCGUCAACGAUUCUGAGGCUAACGGCACCGUGGUGUCGUCGACACAGAGGGACCAGUCCACCUUGACGGACCCGUCGGACGUCCGUCAGGUAUCCGAGGCGUCGGAACGUGUGUCGACCGCCUCGCAGCAGCCGUCGGCCAGAGUCUGCAUAUGCAAAAAUCCCCAGUGUAAAUUGUUACACGUGAGGCUCGAUGAUAUUCACGAUUACGCCUUGAAAAAUUGUCCCGAGAUCUUGCAAAAGUACGAAGACCUGCAGAACUUGUGCACGGAAAGAAUAGCGUCCCUAACUGACCUCAUUGAGAAAGUGCGAAAUGAGCAGAAAGAUAUGGAUUUUUCGCUGAUGGACGACACCAGCUUAAUGCAAUUACCCACGCCAAAGUCAGCACGUAACGAUGCGCAAACAGUGCGUAGAUUGAUUGAUAGUAUAGAGGAAAUUCAUGCCCAGCUUGCAAGAACGCUUCUCGAGUCACAAAGUAUUAUGCGAGGGGGUGAGGCAGUUUCCACGGACACACCCUCGUGCGACACGGAAUUCCAGGCGGUCACUUCUACUCCGAGAAGUAAAUUAUUAGAUAAGGCACAUGUACAGGAAUCCAAAGUAGUAGAAGGCCGCGCCGAGCCAAAGAUUAUAAGCAAUGAAAGAGUUAAUGUACAUCUUAACCGAUUUAAAAUGCAGCAAAAACCUCAAGAAGCGUCGGCAACAAGAGCACCGGAGCGUAACUCUUGGCCCCCGUGUACGCUUUCUCUUCACGAAGAGGAGGUAAUUGAGAAAUUGUCGAAAGAAAUUUUAGAACAGAGUAAAAAUUUGGACCGAGCAAGUGCCGUCUUUACCGCUUCGAAAGAAAGAGACGAAGCGCAGCAUAAAGUGCCGUCCUCUAAGGAACUUCAUCCGGGAAAGGGUGUCUCGUUGGAACACGAAACAAAUAGUAAUGUUGCAAAGGAACUUACUUCCACUCCAGAGACUGCAAAGGAAAGCGGUCUUGUUCCUACGUUAACUAGCAUUCCCAAAAUAUUGCGCAGUCAUGGAAAUGUGGCAUCAAUAAGCGUAAGGCCGAAACCUCCGGUUACACUGUUAAAUGGACUGUACAGACCAGAAUUAGAGUCAUCGGGACACGAAUUAUCGACGAUCGUGGAAUUUGAUACGACGGAUACAGUUAAUAAAAGUAGCAAGAGCCCAGCGAAAUCUAAACCAUCCGUUCACGUGGCUCCUCUACCCGUUCAACAGAAUCAAAAUUUCUCGAGGAAAUCAGCGGACUCGUCAUUCGGUACGAAACAUUCUGCCGAGAAGCCGUCUUCUGCACAGAAGUCGCAAGAUACCACGACUACUUGCAAUUCUCCUGACAAGUUGAAAAGCAUGGCUGCUUGUAUUACAGAAACGAAAGUUGAGGCUGAACGGGAGUACAUGCUCGAAAAGUGUAAUAAACAGUUACAAUGUAAUACAACUGCUGAGGAAGCGGUUUGUCAGGCGAAAGAUAAACUCGGCUCUUCCAUAAGUACCGACUUCCAUAAAGAGAGUAAACACAAAACGACAUCCACCAGUUUGUACAGCUUUUCCGGACUAUCUGGUAUUUCUGAGAUAACGAGUUCUCCAUCGUCCGACAUGUUGAAGCACAAUUCGUCCCCGGAAGAAAUGGAGACGGCCUUGAAAAAGCUGGGCCUGGGCUGGGCGGUCACGACGCUAAAGAAGACUCGGGAAGCAAGUGCCCUUAGUUCCUCCUCAAACUCGGACGUUACGCCAGUAAAUACAGCUAGGAGGAUGAUUUCUCCGACUAAGAAACAGCACUAUUCCAACGGUUUUCCGGAUAUCAGUGACGUAUCGUCGAUAUCGAUCAAAGAAGCUAGUAAGAGCACCGAGCAAGCUGUGCUCUUAAAGGGCAGGACUUCCACUCCUAAAUUCCAAAAUUCCAAUUCCAACAGUGAGAGAUCCAGCACUACAAAUACAUCUGAGAGCGCUCAAGACCCAAGUGACAGUUUAACUGUGCCUAAUGUGUCACUUACGAAAACGAAAUCUGAUAAUAAGCAAUUACAAAGUCCUUGACAGAAAGUGUUUUAUAUGUACAAUUUUAUUAUUAUUCAGAGAGAGAGAUAUAUAUAUAUUAUUAUAUUUGAUUUUUUAUGGAGAAUUAGUUGUAAAAUAGAAUAUUCUCAAUAUGCGGGACCACUUUUGAAUGUUGACGUAUACUCGUCGUUCGAUUUAUGAUACUUUUUACACGUGGGUUUUUUUGCGUGGUAAAACUUCCGUUUACGGGAAAAAUCAAGUUAGAAUGAAAUAGCAACAAGCGAGAGAAGCAUAGCUUUAGUAGUAGGGCUUUUCUUUUUUGCAUCGGACUGCAACAGACUGCAUUUAUGUGAUUCUUAACCGCUUAAAACAAACGUACUCUGCGUAAAACGAAGGGCGAGUGUGAAUAAUUUUUAUCUCGAACAAUAUGUAAUUGUUAUAAUAAAUAGUUCGCUCAUGCUUUUGUUACAAGCAA